AUGAGUUCUUCCUCCAGCGAGCCUGGCCGUGGGGACCCCGCUGAGCAGUCCCCACUGGGGCUGGACACCGUGAUCCAGAGGCUGGAGGCCACCAUCCUCAGCCCCACGGCCAGCAGGGAAGAUCGGGGACUCACUGUGCGAGGGGAGGGCCGGCAGGCCUCGCCCACCCCCCUGCCUGCCCGCAUCCGUGAGAUCGUGGCCAGCAGCCUGCGUGAGGAGCCACCCCAAGGGGUGCUGGAGCCACCUGCUUCUCUGGUCCACAUGCAUGAGGAAAGGGAGCUGCUGCAAGAGGAGCUGGCCCGGCUGGAGGACCUGCUGGCCCAGUCAAGCACCGAGCAGGCAGAGCUGGCCGGCAGGUACCAGGCUGUCAGCCACAGGAUGCAGGCCCGCCUGGAGGCCACCCAGGCUCGGCUGCGGAGGUCAGAGCUGCAGCACAGUGUGGACCUGGAGGAGGCUCUUGGCCGUCUGGAGGCCGCAGAGCAGAGGAGCUGCAGCCUUUCCCAGGUGAACGCACUCCUGCGGGCACAGCUGCAGCACAUGAAGGAGGYCAACAGCCAGCUGGCCCGGGAGCUGGCCAACACCACCGGCGGCAUGUUCCGCCUGCAGCGUGAGCUGGAGCACAGGGAGACCCAGCGGAUGGGCCCUGGGCAGCCAUGGCAGCUCCUCCUCCUGUGGAGACAGGUCUCAGAGCUCAGGGGACACGUGGCCCAGUUGCGGGUGGCCACGGAGAGGGCUCUCGCGGACAUGCAGGCCCAGGCUGCCUGGACAGCCCAGCGUCUGCACGCCGCCUGCCACAGCCUCGACUCCCACCUGCGACCGGCCGCCAGCAGCCCGACCAGCGCCCUAGAGCAGCGGCUGCGGGACCAGGUCAGGGAGAUGCUGCAGCUGCAGGGCCGCUGGGAUGCGGAGAAGGCGGAGCUGCAGGCCAGACUCUCGGAGCAGACACUGCUGGUGGACAAGCUCACACAGCAGAAUGGGUCACGGGAAAGGACCGUGGACUCCCGCAGGACCGAYGGCCAGAGACCGGAGUCCCAGCGCGACAGGGACGGGGGCCAGCUGGCCCUGGACACCCUGAGGGACGAGGUGGGAUCCCUGCAGCGGGUGCUGGCCAGCAUCACAGAGGUGGCUCUGGGGGACUCCGGGAGCCUGGAGCUGGCAGGGGGCAGCAGCACUGAUGGCCAGGAGGCGCGGAGCCAGCUGAGCAGCCGCCCACGGGCCACGUCCCCCCGCCAGGCUGCGUCCUCCCCACGGGCCCACUCCCCAGCCCACCUGGACCCAGCACUGCGGGCCGUGCAGACAGCCCUUGAGAGACGGCAGCAUCGGGAGCAGGAGCUGCAUCUGCAGCUACAGUCCUCCCAGGAGGCCACGGCCAGACUCCAGGAGCAGCUGUCCACGUGCCAGCAGGAGCUUCGGGCCUCGCAGAGGCUCUUGCAGAGCAGGACUCGGGAACACGAGGCCCUCCUGGGCAAGCUGGAGGCCCAGAGGCGUGAGGCCAGGCACUGCCAGAGGACGGCAGAGCUCUUGGGAAGGGACAAGGUGGCCUUGGAGACGCUGGUGGAGGAGCUGAGGGCCAGGGCGGAUCUGGGAGAGGCAGAGCUGCAGGGGAGCCUCCUACGGAGGGCGGAGCAGGACAGGCAGAGCCAGCGGGAGCUGGAGGCCAGACAGAGGCGCCUGCAGCAGCUGGAGGAGAAGGUCUCUGGGCUCAGGAAGGAGCUGGCCGUGGCCCGGGAGGCUCUGAGUGCCGCGCAGCUGCAGCGGGACCUAGUGGAGAGCGAGAGGGAGGGCCUGCGUGGCGCCCUGGCCCGGGCUGAGUCCAGCCACGCUGACCUGGAACUGCUYGUGACACGGCUGAAGUCGGAGGGGGUGGAGCAGCGGGACUCCCUGGCCGCCAUGGCGGCCCUGAUGGAGGGGCUGGCCCGGGACAAGGGCUCCCUGAGCCACGUGGUACUCCAGCUGGAGCAGGAGCGGGUCCAGCUGCGGGAGCAGCACAAGGCCCUGGAGCAGCAGCAGGGGGCUGCCCAGGAGCAGCUGGGGCAGCUGGGGCAGCAGCUGGCCUGCGCACGGGCAGAGCGGAGGGGCCUGCAGGAGGCCUGCGGGCGCCUGGAGCAGCGGCAGGAGCAGCUGGAGGGGCAGGUGACCCAGCUCAGGUGUGAGAAGGCCCAGCUCCAGGAGCAGGUGGACCAGGUCACAUGCAGAAAACAGGCCCUGGAGAAGCAGCUGGCACAGUGCCUGCAGGACCAGGACACCCAGAUGGACACUCUGCAGCAAGCCCUGAAGGCCAAGGCUGCUCUGACUGAGGAGCGAGUCCAGCUGCUGGCCCAGCAGGAGGCCCUGGAGAGGCAGGGGCAGCUCUCAGCUGAGGAAGCAUCUGACCUCAGGCUGGAGAGAGACUCUCUGGAGAGCAGCCUCUUUGAAGCCCAGCAACGGGCCAAGCAGCUGCAGGUCCAGCAGGAACAGCUGGAGGGAGAGGCCCAGAGUGCCCGGCUGGAGCAGCAGGCCUUACAAGUGGAAAUGGACAGACUGAACAGGGACUGGACGGUCCAGGAGGCGAAGCUGCAACGGGAGGUAGGGCGGCUGCWGUGGCGGGUGACGCAGCAGGAGCAGGACCUGCAGCUGGCCCUGGAGAGCCAGGCGCUGGCCCACCAAGAGGACCUGGCACGGCUCCAGAGGGAGAAGGAGGCCCUCAUUCUCUCCCUGGCAGAGGAGAAGAAGUUGGCUGUUCACAGGCUGCAGCAGGAAAGGGAGCUACUGGCUACAAGUGCGGCCACCAGGGAGACCCUGGAGCAGGAAGUGCAGACCCUGGAGCAGGAAGUACAGACCCUGGAGCAGGAGCAGCAGGAGAGCCUCCGCCAGAUGCAGAAGGCCCUGUCUCUAAAGGAAGCAGAGAGGAGCCUGCUGAGAGAGCAGCUGUCCAGGGCCACGCAGGACCUGGAUCACAUGCAGCAGGAGGCCCGGGGCCAGCAGGCACGAGCCGAGGCCACCCUCAGCACCAGGACAGAGGAGCUACGGGCCCUUCAGGCCCAGUUUGAGGAGGCCAUCUCCUCCCACCAGACACAGGCCGCAGCUCUGAGCCARAGUCUCCGGGAGGUGGCAGCCGGGAGGAGCAGUGCCCAGAGAGAGGCUGAGAGGCUGCGGGCACAGCUGAAGGUGGCCCAGGAGGAGCUGGCCAGCCUGCGCCAGGAGCGACGGGGCUGGGAGGAGAGCCGAGAGGGUCUGCACAGGGAGGUCCUGGAGGCCCGCCAGGCGCUGUGUGACGAGGCCCUUGAGAAGAGUGUGCUGCAGGGCUCCAACGCCGAGCUGCGGGCCGCUGUCCGCAGGGCCGCGCAGGAGGCGGCCAGUUUUAAGCGGUCCAAGGAGGAGCAGGAGCAGAAGCUGCUGGGGCUGGAGGAGGCCUGGGCAGCUGCUCAUCAGGAGGCCGGGGUGCUGCGGGCCAGGCUGCAGGAGCUGGAGCAGGCCUGGGGGGACACCCGCCGGGAGCUGCAGGAGAGCCGCAGACAGGUAAGAAUGCUGGAAGGUGAGAAUCGGAGGAAGAGCCAAGAGGUGAGUGAGCUGCAGGCCAGGGGUGCACAGGACGCCCAGCGUCAGCAGCAGAGCCGGCAGGAGGCACAGGGGCUACAGAGGCAGGCGACAGAGGCCGAGGCCACCCUCCAGCAGACCCGGAAGGAGGUGCUGGGCCUGCAGCGGCAGCUGGCGGAGGCCCAGGCCUCAGGGAAGGCCCGGGCACAGCAGCUGGAAGGACACCUGCGGGCGAGCCAGGAGACUGAGCAGGCCCUGCGGGCCGAGGUGCACAGCAUCACCAGGAGGCUGCGGCAGGCCAGCUCCCUGGCUGAGAGUCUUCAGGCUCGCCUGGACAGUGCCCAUGGCCGGGUCCAUGACCUAGAGCAGGAGCUUGCCCAAGCCAAGGGUGCCAGGCGGGACGCAGAGGCCCAGCUGGACAGGCUGUGCUCCACACUCUGCCGUGGCCUGGGGCUCCGGGGUCGGAGCCCCUCCACCUCCCCAGAACGACCUGGUUCUCCCAUGAAAGGUUCCAACAGCUCCCAGGCUCCACCUGAGUGGCACAGAGCCAGCUCCCCCACCAGGGCCCAUUCACCACCCCGGCGGCACCCACCUGCCCCUGGAGACUGCGACUCCGAGGUCAUUGAUGUGGCCUCUGUGCAGGACGCCCUGGGGGACCUUCUGCAGAAACUUCAAGAUGCCCAGCGGGAACGGGAUGAGGCCCAUGUCCAGGUGCAGAGCAUGAGCAGCCGGCUGCACAGGGUGGAGAGCGAACUUGCCCAAGCCCAGAGCCACCUGGGGCAGCUGCAGAGGGCCCUGGCAGAGGCGGAGGAAGGUCGGCACCGGGCAGAAGGUGCUCUGAGCAGCACCCGGGCAGCACAGGCCCUGCAGAAGGAGGCGCUCCRGAGGCUGGAGACCGAGCACCUGUCCAGCUUGCGGGCGGCCAGCCAGGAGAGGCGGCGGCUACAGGAGCAAGUGGCCACACUGCAGCAGGCCUUGGGGGGAAGCAGGAAGGGCCUGGAAGAGAAGGGGARGCUGCUGGAGGCGCAGCUGGCUGGUCUGCGGAGCAGGUGCCAGGAGGGAUCCCUGGAGCCGCUGCGACAGACAGUGUGGGAGACACUGAGGAGGGAGAGGGACGUGGCRAGGCUGGGGGCCGAGAAGCAGAAGCUGCAGCAGUCCCUGCUCAGCCUGCACCGGGAGCUAGACUGGACCCUAAGGCAGAACCAGCAGCAGCAGGUGACCCUCCAGCAGGCAGACGCAGCACCCGUGUCCUCCCUGCAGGCCCAGGUGGCUGAACUGCAGCUGCAGGAGCCAGCUAUGGAGGCAGAGAGGCUGCCUGGGGCCCAGCUCCCGGCCACAGAGGCCCUGGAAUCCCCCGAAGAGACCCACCAACAACAGGUGAAGCUGCUGGAUGAGCAGGUGGCCACCCUGAGGGAGCAGCUGGACCAGGAAGUACAGCGACCACAACACACCCACCUCAGCCAGGCCUGGCUGGUCAGGCAGUGA